GAAUAUCAUCAUCUGCUCCUUUCUUUCUUCCUUUCAGGAUAUACUGCUGUCCAGCAGCGGAAGUAAUUAAUGAGUUUCUUAUGUAUGGCAGCGUCAUCCCAUCAGUUUGCUGUCUGGUUUGAAUAGCUCCUAUCAGCUCUUCAUUCAUGCCAAGUACGCUCACCGUCCAGAGACAUGAUAAAGCCGUACUUCCUUUUGGAUUUUUACCUCACUAUUCAAAAAACAGUGUACCAGAAGCAUAGGUUACAAAGCAUGAGGAGGACAGAAGAAAUGCCUGCAUCUUCUACAGAAAGGAAGCUGAUGGACUGAAAAGUUGGUAUGGAGAAAGGAAAGCAAGAGAGUGCAAGAACAUCCAUGCUUCUAGUCCAGAUAAUGUUUUUUAAAGCAGCUUGAUUUGGAAGCGUGUGUAAUUCUGAAAUACGAACAAGCAGAACUUUUCCAGGGGAUAAAAUGCAUAUAGGAACAACCAGGAUUUCUCAUUGCUGAAGCAUUCAAUGAAUCUUUAAUAAGUUCUCAACACUCAAAUUGUCUGUGGUCAGAUCAACUGCUGUUAUCAGAUAAAGGCAAAACUCACCCUUCUGGUUCUAUAAUCCUAUUCAAAUGGAGUCUUCGUCUACCGCAUACUAUCCUAACUAAUGCUACAGGAUUAUCAGGAAUACAGAUAUAAAGACACUGCAAGAAAUAAAACACUGGCAAAAUAAAACAUGAAAGGAAAAUAGAGAAGGCAUUUCAGGUCUCGAAGCUUACUAUUUCCGGCCAGAGUUCAAAUUACUGAGCUUCAAACAAACCACUGCCAGGAACUUAGGAAAUCAUUCUCAACCUUGCAACUUAAAAUAUGGUACAUGGAUCAGUAGCAUCAAGAAUACUCAGGAGCUUUUCAGAAAUGUGCAAUUGUGAAAUAUGGCCAAGAUGGCGGAUUAGAAGCAGAAGCAGCCCGCAGCACUCAUGCAAAGGAAUGAAAGGUGUGACUGAAUACAGCACCUUCAACUGAAUUAUCCAGGUGCUCGCUUUGGGACUAAUUGGGCAAACAGCUUGACCCACAGAAAACAAAGAAAAGCAGGGUGGGGUGACGGCCCACCUGGGAGCAGCACAGAGCCAAAGGAUCCCCCUCCUCCAGCCAAGGGAAGCGAUGCUGGCCAAGAAGAGCUGAAAUAGAAAACAGUCUAGAACCUAACACUAUUCUACUAUAAAAUUUUUGCACCAGGAUGGAAGGGGACUCUUACCACAAUGCAACCACCUUCAAUGGCACCCCAGUAAAUCACCAGCCUUUGGAACGCCACAGGUUGUGGGAAGUCAUCACCAUUGCAGCUGUGACUGCUGUGGUAAGCCUGAUCACCAUUGUGGGCAAUGUCUUGGUCAUGAUCUCCUUCAAAGUCAACAGCCAGCUCAAGACAGUUAACAACUAUUACCUGCUGAGCUUAGCCUGUGCAGAUCUCAUCAUUGGGAUCUUCUCCAUGAACCUCUACACCACCUACAUCCUCAUGGGACGCUGGGCUCUCGGGAGUCUGGCUUGUGACCUUUGGCUUGCACUGGACUACGUGGCCAGCAACGCUUCUGUCAUGAACCUUCUGGUGAUCAGUUUUGACCGUUACUUUUCCAUCACAAGACCCUUGACAUAUCGGGCCAAGCGUACUCCGAAAAGGGCUGGCAUCAUGAUUGGCUUGGCCUGGCUGAUCUCCUUCAUCCUCUGGGCCCCAGCAAUCCUCUGCUGGCAGUACUUGGUUGGGAAGCGGACAGUUCCACUGGAUGAGUGCCAGAUCCAGUUUCUCUCUGAGCCCACCAUCACUUUUGGCACUGCCAUUGCUGCCUUCUACAUCCCUGUUUCUGUCAUGACCAUCCUCUACUGUCGAAUCUACCGGGAAACAGAGAAGCGAACCAAGGACCUGGCUGACCUCCAGGGUUCUGACUCUGUGACUGAAGCUGAGAAGAGAAAGCCAGCUCAUAGGGCUCUGUUCAGAUCCUGCUUGCGCUGUCCUCGACCCACCCUGGCCCAGCGGGAAAGGAACCAGGCCUCCUGGUCUUCCUCCCGCAGGAGCACCUCCACCACUGGGAAGCCAUCCCAAGCCACUGGCCCAAGCGCUAAUUGGGCCAAAGCUGAGCAGCUCACCACCUGUAGCAGCUACCCUUCCUCAGAGGAUGAGGACAAGCCUGUCACUGACCCUGUCCUCCAAGUGGUCUAUAAGAGUCAGGGUAAGGAAAGCCCAGGGGAAGAAUUCAGUGCUGAAGAGACUGAGGAAACUUUUGUGAAAGCUGAAACUGAAAAACGUGACUCUGACACCCCAAACUACCUUCUGUCUCCAGCAGCUGCUCAUAGACCCAAGAGUCAGAAAUGUGUGGCCUAUAAGUUCCGAUUGGUGGUAAAAGCUGACGGGACCCAGGAGACCAACAACGGCUGUCACAAGGUGAAAAUCAUGCCCUGCUCCUUCCCAGUGGCCAAGGAACCUUCAACGACAGGCCUCAAUCCCAACCCCAGCCAUCAAAUGACCAAACGAAAGAGAAUGGUCCUAGUCAAAGAAAGGAAAGCAGCCCAGACACUGAGUGCCAUUCUCCUGGCCUUCAUCAUCACAUGGACCCCGUAUAACAUCAUGGUCCUGGUUUCUACCUUCUGUGACAAGUGUGUCCCAGUCACCCUGUGGCACUUGGGCUAUUGGUUGUGCUAUGUCAAUAGCACUGUCAACCCCAUCUGCUAUGCCUUCUGCAACAGAACCUUCAGGAAGACCUUUAAGAUGCUGCUUCUCUGCCGAUGGAAAAAGAAAAAAGUGGAAGAGAAGUUGUACUGGCAGGGGAACAGCAAGCUACCCUGAAAAGUUAACAACUCCUCUCGAAAGAACAACGACCACAGUCAACAUCCUUUGAGGAUGAGCAAGCUGAUUCUGGUUUGUAUAUUUUCAAAAAGAAGACAUCUCAUUUUGAGUCCUUGAAGACUUUUGUAAAGGCUCAAGGUUGGUUGCCAAAUGGAAGGGGUCACAGCUGCAGCAAUUGCUGACAUAUUAAAUGACUCUUGCCUAUGACCAAGGCCAUUUGAUGCCAGUGGAGUUUGCCAAUGAAGUAAAGAGAUAGGCUCAUGCCCUUCACAGGAGGAAGCACACUAGGUAACAAUGAACAGUGACUCAGGGAACUUAUGUCCCUUCUAUAGGAAGCAGCAGAGACCAGGUGGAAACCUUUUCCUGUGGAAACCUGUCAUAGAAUUUUGUGCAAUAUGUAUGUGUCUAUGAAGCUGUCUUGUGCCAGUGAGAACCAGGAGAAUGUACAACAGUGUCACUUGUUAACAAGACUGAUAUUCAACCGGCUUCUAAGAAUAUGUAUCUUCAUAUACUGAUCACUGUCUAUUAUGCAGCUAUUAUGUGGUCUAUACUAUACUGUGGUUUGUUUUCCUGUCCCUACAGCUGAAUGAAGGCCUUGCUCUUCCCUUUCAUAUCCAAUGUCAAUUCCUUGUACUCACUGAACCCAUGCUAAUCUCCAGGGAACCAUCCUUCCUCUCAGAAUCCAGAGUCUGGAAGGACUGAAACCUGGUCAUACCCAGUCCUUUAAAGGGGCCUCUAUUCUACUAAUAAAGAUGGAUCAAGUCUCCACAGUCA